AUGGUGGACGUCUGGCGACAUCUCCAUCCUGAUUCCAGAGCUUUCACUUUCAUGUCACCUGGAGUCAGGACGUCCAGACUCGACCAUCUUUAUGUUUCCAAGGCGUUCGUGUCCUACAUUCCGUCGGCUCCUGUGUGGCAGGUGCUGUGCAUGGACCACCGUCUGGAGUAUGUGAGGGGGUUGACAAAGAGGCAGAAAUCCAGGGUCGAGGAGUUGGAGAAGGAGGUAUUCGACCUGGAGACACGUCUCCGUCAGCCCGACGUGGACCCGGCCCUGUGGCUGGUGUACGAAGAGAAGAAGGGUGUGCUGCGGGACCUGCAACUCGUCAGGUCCCGGGGCGCGGUCAUGAGGCCAGAGAUCCGGGUGGUCAUUGCCCUGCUGCCUAAGAAGGGGGAUCUCCACCAGCUUAGGAACUGGUGCCCGGUCUCCCUCCUCAGCACGGAUUACAAGAUCUUCGCCAGGACAAUGUUUUCUCGUCUUGGCACCAUGCUGGACUACAUGAUCCACCCUGACCAGUCCUACACCGUCCCAGACCGCACCAUCUUUGACAAUAUUCAUCUGAGGAAGUUGUCGGGAUUGGUUCUGCGUGCGUCAGGCAUCGGGGUGGUCCUCUCAGCUCACACCGAUGAUAUGCUCCUCAUGUUCACCGAUCCGGCUGACCUGCGGAGGAAUGGUGGCACAGGGCUGCUCAGUGCUGAGGCAGUGAGGCUGCACUGGGAGCCUCCGUGCCUUCAUCAACUGCGACACCUACAGGAUGCAGCCAGGACUACAACCAUCAUUCCACCCAGGCUGGAGGGGCACUGGGUCUCCACAGGGUGUGAGGUGCGUCCUGGGCCUGAAUUCAUCACCAGAUCCUACAUGUUCUACCAGAACGGGAUGUUUAAAGCCUACCAGUUCUAUUAUACUGACCAUCAAUGCACGAGACCUGCCUACACCCUGGUGAUCAAAGGGAGGAUUCGGCUGCACCAGGCGUCCUGGGUCACUCGCGGAGCCACUGAGGCCAGCUAUCGUCUGCACCAAGUGUCCAUGGCCUUCUACAGUGGGCAGACAAUGGCAGCCGCCUUGGACAGGAUGAACCACUCAUGCAGCAGGUUAGGCCGCUUCAGGAGAGUCUGGUCGCCAGGAGCAACCUACGAGAUCCUGAACGCCAGGACUGGCUAUGACUGCACAGUCAGUCUCGGGUUUGCGAUGCACGAGCUCAGCCUGGUGCGAUUGGAGAAGCAGGUCCACCAGCGGGUGGUCAAAGAGCUCUUCCUGGGAGACAUUCAUACAGACUGGGCUCAGAGAACCCACCAUCGACCUACUGGCUAUCAGCGCCCUCUGCAGGCGGCUUUGCAUCACGUGCACCCGUGUGUGGCCUGCGGGAUCAUCUAUCGGGCGGAUGAGCAUCACCCGCCCAUCCUGCCUGCCCAACAGGAGGUCGCCGCCCACCUGGGUGGGCAGUGGGCAAGCCGGGUGUGCGAGGGACGCCCUGCUGUCCUCUUCCUCACCAGGUACUUUGUGUUUCGCGACAGCAGCCACACCUGGGAGGGUCACUACACACACUACUCUGACCCAGCCUGCAGGAAUCCCACAUUUCUGGUCCAUGCCUGGGGUGACUACAGCAAGGGUACCCCCUCCACCCGGGCAGGGGGGGGCACUGACUUUGCAUUCAUGGCAAGGCGGGCGUGGGUGACACCCUUGGAUAUGAUCACAACCUUGCUGUUAAACGUCUCUGCCAGUGGAUCCUGCGGGAUGGUGGGCUUGUGGGUACUGGGUCAGGAGCAGGACAUCACCCACACCAAUGGCUGCCUGGCACUGGGCAUUCAGCUCCCUCACACUGAGUACGAACUGGUCAGGAUUGAGGCGGGCUCAGCUAAUCGCCGCUUGUUGUUCCUUGGUAAGCGGCCCACGGAUGGAACAAGUCCCAACACUCCAGGCAAACGAGCAACCUCUUACCAAACUCCACUCCUCCAGUGCUCCAUAGAAGCUCCAGGGUCCACCAUGCAAGUGAGGCAACACCAGCAUCAAGAGACUGGGAGCCAUGGAACAAUGGCAUGGGAAAACUCCUGGAUGGUGAGAUUGGGGUUACUAUUGGCUUUUGCAGAGCUGUUCCUGAACUAA